UCUUGACACUACCGCAUUGGGCACGGCUUCGUAUCACACGAAUGGAGGCGAUCAGCGGGCAAACGUUUCAUUUUACUCAAUGAAAUGCAGUUUCCCACGGACACUUUUCAAAUGUCUGCAUCUCCACGCCACAGAUGGUGAUACGGGACUAGCAAAAGAAAAAAGAAGAAGGCGUACGCCCGUGUGACCGAAAGGGUGAUGGUGACUACACGAGGGAUUGUCCAACGAGAGUAAAUGAGAGGUAAAGGGAAAGAAGGGCCCGCCGUCAUAGCCGGAGAGCUUCGGGGAAAAGUGGGUAGCGCCGCCUGACGGACCGCCAGACGAACCGGGGAGCCACCGUCAGGAAACCGCGGUGCCGAGAAAACAGGUGUGCUCUGACACUGACCUUAAUUGAUUGGACACAGACCUCAUCACCUGUCAUCUAUCAUCUUUCAUGAUACACUUGCAUCCUACACAAAAACACACAUUUUAAUACACACGCACGGUACCAGCAUGGCCGAGCAGCAGCAGGAGGAGGAGGCAGCAGAGGGUGUGUACGUGGAGCACCAGUACAUGUGCAGUGAGUGCCACCAGCUCUUUAACACCCUGGAGGAUGUGCUGAUCCACCAGCAGAUCCACACCGGCCAAGAGGGAGACGGGGAGGUCAUGACCAUCCAGGGCAUCGCAGAGAUGGGGCAGAACCAGCAGUACCAGUGUCUGGAGUGUGGGGCCCUCCUCAUGAACCCAGAAGAACUGCUGCAGCACCAGGAGAUGCACAUGAGAGAGGCGGGGAUGGAGGUGGAGCAUCAAGAGCUGUGUGAGGUUUUGGAGACUGAGGAAGGGUCUGAGGGUCAGAUGUCUGGACCGGUUCAGUACCAGUGCCUGGACUGCCUGGCUCUGUUUGACUCACCCGAGACCUGGCUGGAGCACCGGCGGACCCACAGUAGGAGCAGUACACACAGUAACACAGAGAUCGUGGAGUAUGUGCUCCAGCCCGAUGGCACCAUCACUCCACUGAACAACAUGCAGAACUACGUACUGAGUGAGCAGCAGGCCGGGGAGAUCUUGGCACAGGUACUCGCUCAGCAGCAGCAGCAGCAGAAGAAACUUCAGUCCAAACCUGCUGCAUCGUCCCGCUCCGCCCUGAUGCCUCCCGUGACGGCCAUCCCUGGCUCUGCCACCAUGCACCUGCAGAUUCUCACGGCUCAAGCUCUGGCAGACAACUCCAGUGCCCCCGGGCAACGCCGCUCCAAGCUGCCCCCCCUGUUGCCCGCAGUGGGCCGAGGCUUUUCUUCGGGAAAGCUGGGGGUCCUGGAGACCGGGGACCAGAGACUGGAGUUAAGGUUGGCCCCCAGUGUCCAGGAUGACACCCAGCAGCGGCAGCAGCCAACAGAGGUGGUGGUCAUCCACCCGUAUGAGUGCUCAGAAUGCUCCCUUCUCUUCCAGACCCCGGAGGACUUCCUCCAGCACCAGGGAGAGCACUUCCUGGCUCAGGAUAAAGAGAGUGGAGAGCCAGGCGUUAUGAGUGGCUUCGAGGAGGUGCGAGGGAGGGAGGAGACGACGGAGAAGGUGGAGGAUGUUAGGAUUAGAGUGGCGGAGAAGAAAGCGGUGGUCUGGGCCAAGUCCCAACAGUGUGAGCUCUGCAACCGCACCUUCACCUCCGUCAACAGGCUGGCUGCUCACAAGCGCGUGCACGAGCAGGGCACGCACGAGUGUCCGGAGUGCGGCAAGGUGUUCAAGAAGGCGACGUCACUGCAGACGCACAUGCGCACACACUCUGGUGUGGCCAGGUACUUGUGUGUCGACUGCGGCAAUGGCUUCACCACUGAGAUGACGCUUAUCAUGCACAGGAAGUCCCACAUUGCAGAUCCACUUCACAAGUGUCAGUUCUGCAACAAAACCUUCACCAACAUGACCAAGUACCUCUACCACCGUAGAACCCACCUCAACCGGGACUCAUCCAGCACACCCGCCCCUGUCUCCAUGGCCUCCGCUCCAAUAAGAGCAUCUCUCUCUGCACUUGCCAUCCUACAGAGAGCCAGAGAGAAGAAUUCUCUCACUGAUGAGGCGAAGCGCAACCUGCUGGCCCCUCUCUCAGAAGAUGAGAUGGAAAAAAUGGGGGAAGAUCCAAUGCAGAGUUCUCAGAGCAAAGUGGUAGGAGGUGAAGUGGAGAAGCAAGCGGAGGACACCAACAUGGAGGUGACUGCCCCGCUUGAAGGCAACACCGAUGACCCGCAGCAGGUGGAGGAGGCCACCGAGUCUGACUCGGCUACAAACCAUGCUCCCCCGGACGACGCCGGUGUUUUGGUCGCAGCUGAAGCUGCUUCAGCUGCGCCAUCCGACAAAGGGCCCUUUUCUUGUCGUUCUUGCCCUAAGACCUUCCCCUCCCAGCUGCAGCUCGUCCACCAUCGACGCAAGUCGCACGUCACCGAGCGCAGCUUUAUUUGCAGCAUCUGUGGCAAGUCUUUUAAGAAGCAAAUCCACGUGCGCAACCACAUCCGCAUUCACACCGGUGAGCGGCCCUUCCAAUGUUCCGACUGUGGCAAAACCUUCUCGUCUCUCGCCAAUCUGAUGAGGCACAAUCUCAUCCACUCCGGCGUGCGACCGUACCGCUGCGACGUCUGCCACCGCUCCUUCUCGCAGUCCUCCAACCUCCGCCAGCACAGCCUGCUGCAUGCCAACGCUGCGACACUGGGCUGCCCGGACUGCCCUGCCACCUUUCGCUGGCCCACCAAGUUGGCGGCACAUCGCUACACCCAACAUCCAGGGUCUCCGGCCCCUUUCCCGUGUCCCCACUGUGAGGCCGGCUUCCUGACCAGGAGACAGCGAGACAGCCACUUUCUGGAGCAGCACCCCACGCUGGUGCAGGCCGGCACAGGGAUCGAAGCGGGCAAAGAGACGGACAACCAAGCGGAGUCGGGCAAAGAUCUGAUCUCGGUGGCCUCCACCUCAACCACAGCUGGGACAGAAUCAGGAGAUUCGGCCAGUGUCGGGCGGGGGGGCCAAGAUUGUAAUAUUUGCGGGAAGAAGCUCAAUUCUCCCGCCAAUCUGCGACUCCACAGACUGAGCCACUUCGCCUUAGGCCCCGGGCGGCCGCGGUGCACUGCCGGGAAGCGGCCUAAAGCCCACCAGUGUCUUAUCUGCGGCAAACUGUUUGUGUCGUCCUCUGGAGUCGCUCUUCACCAGCGAGUCCACACCGGCGAGCGCCCGUUUCCCUGCCAAGUGUGCGGCAAGCGUUUCCGUCAGAACACGCACCUGCGAGAGCACCUGCGCACGCACUCGGGAGAACGGCCGUUUCGCUGCGAGGUGUGUGGAAAGGGUUUCAUCCAGAGUAUGCACCUGGCUGAACACCGGCGGACGCACACGGGCGAGCGGCCGCACGCGUGUCCGCAGUGCGGCAAAGCCUUCAAGACCUUCUCCAACCUGAGGAACCACAAGAAGACCCACGCCCGGCAGCAGAGGCUGGACGAAGAGGCCGCCGCCCAAGCCGCCAUGGAGACCAGCUCUGCCGUGGCAGUGGUGGACGCUUCGGCGGUGGAGCUCGCUAACGGGCAGCCUCAGCUAAUCCAGAUCCAAGCCUCCGAUCUUCAGCAGACACAGGGCACUCCCACGAUCAUGUGCAAUGAGUUUGGGGAGACCAUAGCCAUCAUUGAGACCAGCGAGGGAGGAGCGCUGCCUCUGGAGCAGGCCUUGGAGAUCUACCACACGGCUCUGGAGAACGGCCUCGCCAUGGACACGGGCUUUAUGGACGAACUGCAGCUCCUCUGAGCUGACAAAAGAAAUAACUGCCAAGUUGACGAGUUCAGUAUUGGUCUCGAUACGGACUCUAACAAAGACGAAUUGACUACCGAGAGGUCGAGUAUCCAGCUCAGACUUACUAGAGCUGGACUAAACAGAUGUGAAGUUCAGCAAUCAGACCAAAGUAAUUCAUCUUCCAUCUUUUUACAAAGCUAUGAGAGGGAUCAGUAUUAAAGUUUAUUUAAAUGAUGCAUAAUAAAAUAAAGGAUUUGGCAUUCAUGAACAAGGACUAUUGGUUGUGCCUCAGAUGACAUUUGUAAGAUUCAUUUUACCAUUUAUAUGAACUUGAUGUGACUUUUCUUCUGUUUAAAGGUUCGGUCGUGCUGUUGUAAAUGGGUGAAAUCAAUAAAUGUUUUUUCAAGGCGA